AGCAACUGUUUGCACCUCAACCAAGAGCAAUGUCCAAGCUGAGUCAAGAGAGGGUCACCGAAAGUUCGGACGAGGAUAUCAGCGACUCCAGCAUGGAGGAGGAUGCUCCUUUGCAAUCAAAGCUUGCAGCAGCAAAGAAGCCGUCAGCGACGUCGGCUGCUCCCAAGGCUUCUGCGAAAGCAGUAGCGAAUUUGAUUCCCCAAACGCCCGAAGGUUUUUCAAAAAUUGAGGGCCAGCUUGGACAUUUGGCGCGUGAUUUUGAGAAAGAGGACCGCGUGGUUCUCGUACGUCUGCCACCCUCCGUCACUGCUGAUGAUAUUGAGGAGAUGCAACUUGGAAAACGGGCAACGAUCAAGUUGAAGGACCAAAAAAAGGCAUGCGCUGUCGUUCAGAACUCUGCCACAACACUCAAGGUGUUCGUCCCCCAAGAGGACGGCGUCUACGUCCGCAAGCCAGUUCUUAAGAGCGUUGCAGUUGUUGAGACGCCCGAGUUUGUCGAUCCUGCACCCGACGUUAAGGUGGACAGAGAACAGCCUACAGUCCCCCAACCCAAAGACUUGUACCAACACUUCCAUCCCAUUGGUGAUGUCCAGACGACUGGUGCUGCUGCAAAUGCUCCCGUUGCCUCUUCCGAGCAACAGGAUGUAGAAAUGGCCGUUCCUGAAAACGAAGCAGCCCCUGCUGCCAAGUCUAAGGAGGAACCAAAGAAGAAAAAGCAAAAAAAGAGCAGCAGCAGCAAGUCGGACGGGAAAAAAUCGAGUAAAAAACGCAAGGACUAGAAAGAAACAAGCUAGACAGGAACUAGUGGUGCUAGUGGAACCAAAAACUAAAUAGCUCUGAUUAAGGUAAUAUUAUCACCCUUGAGAAGGAUACGGCCUGUACGUUAGUGAAAAGAAGAAAGAGGA